AUGGGAGAAUAUGCAGCUAAGUUCCAGGAACUAAUGAAGUACUGGCCUCAUUAUCAGCAUGGUGAUGGAGAGGAGGAUCUAUGUGCUCAGUUUGAGCAUGGAUUGAGGUCGGACAUCCGAGCUGCGGUCAGCGUGUUUCAGCUGACAGAUUUGCCCACUUUGUUGAGCAAGAGCAGAAUCUUUGAAGCCAACUCAAGGGGGAAGACAGUGGACACUAGGGGAGCUAGUCUGGAGAAGAGCAGUGGGAGUGGUUCAGGAUCAAGUUCUUUCAGAGGACCGCUCAAGUGCUUCAGGUGUGGGGGGCCACACAUGGUGAAGGACUGCCCACAACCGAGGAUAACUUGUAGCAACUGUGGAAAGUCGGGGCACGUUGCCAAUGAGUGUUGGGCCGCCAAGAGAAGCUAUAGUGUAAGUGCAACUCAGAGGCCGGAAUCAAGAGGAAGUACGGGGCAGAAGCCGAGCAUUCCUGGUAGAGUCUUUGCUAUGAGUAGGGCAGAGGCUUCACAAUCUGAGGAGCUGAUUAGAGGUAAAUGUGUAAUUAAAGGCAGAUUGCUUAAUGUGUUGUUUCAUUUGGGUGCUACGCACUCUUUUAUAUCUGUGGACUGUGUGAAGAGUCUGAAUCUGUAUGUGAUGGAAUUGCCAUGCAAUGUUGUGGUGACUAUCCCUAUGAGUAAGCCGGUUGUGACGUCUUAG